AUGCUAUUGUUAAUCUUCGAGACACUCUACAAAUGCUGGAAAAGCGAGAGAAUCAUUUACAGAGUAAAAUCGAUGCCGAAAUAAAGACAGCAAGAUCAAAUGCUACUACAAACAAGAGAGCUGCACUAAUGGCUUUGAAAAGGAAAAAACAAUAUGAAACUCAAAUGGAAAAAUUAUCAGGGGCAAAAUUUACAAUUGAGACUCAAGUUAUGGCCAUUGAAAGUGCAAAUGUGAAUUUGGAAACUAUUAAAGCUAUGGAAACAGUUGAUGACACAAUGGAUUCAAUACGUGAACAAAUGGAUUUGUCUGAUGAGAUUUCAAAUGCAAUUUCUGGUCCAAUGCUUGGGAUCCCUUUAGAUGAUGUUAAGUUGGAGGCAGAAUUAGAGGAAUUAGAACAAGAAAAUCUUGAUAAACAAUUGCUUGAAGUUGAAUUACCACUUGCAGCACCUUCAGUACCAGCAAAAAAACUUG